AUGUUUGUAUCGCAGCUGGUUCGCGCAGUCGCAUCGGGCGCUGUUCCGCCAGUGCCGCCACGACUUCCGCCAUCCGCGCUCAAUUUCAAGCAGAGUUCCUCGAUCGCCGUCAAGUUCUAUCGCUGUACAAGACCGCCAUGCGGACUGUGCGAGCCGCAGCGAUCCGAAAUGCACAAAUGGGUCAAGGAAGAGUUUGUGCACUUUAAGAACGAGAAGGAUCCCCAAGCCAUCAAAAUGCUCAUCGCCAAGGGGAAAAUGCAAUUGAAAGAGCUCGAGUCCAGCGUCGGAUUGAUGAAGUACUAUCCCGAUCAUUAAAUUUCGACCCCCCCUCUUUUUUUCACUUUUUCGCCCUCCCUGGGACCUGUGUUGCUUUCCGUCUCGCCCGCGGAAUGUUCAUUCAUGGUACGGUGUACCGAACGUCUGAUGAACACCGGGAGCGGGGGUUGUGAGUCAUAUCAGAGCAGCAGCGAGCAAAAUAAAAAAUAUAAGGAAAC